AUGGCGGCGGCCGACAGCAAGAGAAACAUAGUCAUCGUAGGAGGUGGAAUCAUCGGUUGCACAUCUGCCUACUACCUCACGAGACAUCACGCCUACGACCCGAGCAAGCAUACGAUCACGUUGCUGGAAGCAACCAAGAUUGCGGGCGGCGCUUCUGGCAAGGCGGGUGGGUUGCUUGCUCUUUGGGCAUAUCCGAGCAGUCUCGUGCCGCUGAGCUAUAAGCUGCAUAAGGAAUUGAGCGACGAGCAUGACGGUGAAGAGCGGUGGGGAUAUCGAGCUGUGCAUGUCGGGCAGGUCGAUUGUAUUGGGAGGAGUUUACCUGAGAGGAAGGAGAAGGAUAGGGUGAAUGGCAAGAAUGGAGAGAUGGAUGGAAUGAAUGGGGAUAUUGAAAGUGUCAAAUUGCCAAAGAGGAGCAAAGAAGCCAUGGGACGGUUGAAGGCUGCUGGAAUACCAAAAGAUUUGGACUGGGUGAGCGAGGAGAGCUUGAGGGCUUACGACGAGAUGGGAGACCCUAGCACGACGGCGCAGGUACAUCCGUAUCAAUUCACCACUGCCAUGGCGGAGCUGGCAAAGGAGAAGGGCGUGGAGAUCAAAGAGGGCACGAGCGUGAGCAGCAUCAACUACACCGCAGACGGCAAUGGCGUGGAGAGCAUAACAUACAAAGACAAGAAUGGCGGAGGAAAGACGGAAACCAUACCAGCGACGGACAUUAUACUUUCAGCCGGCCCUUGGACAAGAUCAGUCUAUCCUUCAGCUCCCAUCAAUGCAACACGAGCACACUCGGUUACAAUCAAGCCAUCUCGACCCGUCAGCGCCUACGCACUCUUCACGCAAAUCCGGCUGCCCUCGCCGUGGAAACGGGGCAACACCAAAUUGAAACAGAGCGGCCAGAUCGUCUCGCCCGAAAUCUACGCGCGACCCAAGAACGAAGUCUACGCCUGUGGGGAGGGAGACCACACCGUCCCUCUGCCUGAAUCCAGCGAUCUCGUCGAAGUAGAUGAAGCACGAUGUCAGGAGGUCGUAGACUACGUGGGGGCGAUCUCCGACGAAUUGAGAGACGGCGAGGUCACGGCGAGACAGGCUUGUUACUUGCCCAGUACCAGCGGUAGCAACGGGCCCUUGGUCGGACAUACGGGCGUCAGAGGGCUCUAUAUGGCCGCUGGACAUACGUGCUGGGGAAUUCAGAAUGGACCUGGCACGGGGAAAUUGAUCAGUGAAUUCGUGUUUGAGGGAGAGGCUAGGAGUGCGAAGGCGAAGGGAUUGGAUCCGAGGAAUUAUCUGUGA